AAAAAUGAACGAAGAUUAACCGAACGGACUUCAGUUGUGCGCUAAACUUUGCAAACGUCGGGCCAAAUUUUGUCCGCCGAUCUGAGUUCUUUCGAACAGGAAAUUUUCACAAAUGGAGUCAAUUAGCAUCGUGAUUCAUUUAGUGGCCAUGAUGUCAUUGAUCAUCGGUGGCAGCCAAGCGAUUCCCUAUCGAUCCUCGGCGUAUCUGUACAAUCAGCAGUUCUGCAUGGAUACAUUGACGGGUCGGCAGCUGUAUAUUGGCGAAGUCUUCACGCGGGAGGAUCAGUGCGUCCGCAUUCAAUGCCUGGAAUCGCAGCAACUCUGGGAGGAUAGCUGCCAGGUGCCGAAACUGACGCAGGGCAAUUGCAAGCCCGUUCCAUCGACGGAACCGCAUGCCGAAUAUCCCCGAUGCUGCCCACUGUACGAGUGCAAGAGCUACGAGUCGAAUUCGGGGGGAACUCUGGAGCAGACCAACACAUACAACCACUAUGGUACCCUGCGAUCAUCCCAUCUCACCGAGAUGAUAGUGAUCGACAGGCGGACACUCCCUCGUGGCGAGAUUCCCACGGCGUCGGCGAGGAAGUAUCAGGUGUGAAAAGUGACCUGGUGCUCUGUUCCUAGGACUAGUUAGUCUAUAGUGCAGCUAUAAUAAAUACAUGAAUAUAUUAAGUAACUGGAAA